AUGAAUGAAAAUCAACAAUCCGACGACGCUUUCCUGAACUGUAUUGAUUUAUUACAAGCAUCGGAUAAUGAUAGCCAAAAAUUCGCUGCUCUCUUACUGGUUACAAAGUUGAUACAAUCAGAAAAUUUGAAUCUUGAGAGCAAGAGAAGACUCUUUUCUGCCAUUGGAGUAAACUUUAUUAUUCGCCUACUAAAGUCUGCUCAAGUUCCAUCAGGAUGUGAUCCAAAUAUAUUUAAGACCUUGGCUGUCACUGUUUUAUCCGCUUUUUGCGAUGACGAAGCCAUUGUUACUGAUUCAAGUAUGGAGGAGUGUUUGCACCACGUUUUGCACAUUGUGGAAAGUACUUCGCAAGGCUUCCAGUCACAAGCUGAAUGCUAUCAAUGUUUACAUGCUGCUUCAUCAUAUCAAGUUGGGCGUCAGUAUUUACUGAAACUUAACGCUAUAGAGACGCUGUCAAGGAUCGUUACUAAAUGUGAAACUAUCAGUGAGUCUGAAUCACCUCUUCAAAUUCUCCUUAAUCUGUUACACGACUGCAAUUUAUCUCUGCCCGAACAGAAAGCUUCAGUUACCUCUCUAUUAGAAUUUUCAAGUCAUCAAUUUGCUACAAACCACGAAAAUGAGAAAUUUGUUAUCUGUCGAAAGAUAUCUGCCAUUUUGCUAGCAACGAAGGGCUGCCAAGAUAUUCUGGGGCAAUCAUCCAUAAAGUGUAUUAGGCAAGGAUUGUGGGAUAUCUUAAGAAGUAGAGUAGGUGCGAAGCAUCGGGAGCCAACGUUUGAGCUAUGUGCUGAAAUGAUCCGAAAAAUGCAAUUUAUUUGGAUUAAAAGUGACGAUUUGCAAUAUACGGAAGAAGAUAUCAAAAUGUUACUGAUAUUAGUUAACCUAAGCUGUGUGGAAGUGCAAGUGCAGUUAAAAACUAACGCCCCUGGACAAAAGCCGGAGCCUUUGUUGAUCGCUUGUCUUCGACUAUUGGCAGCUUAUUUAGCUGAAGAUUCUUCAUUAUCCAAUCGGAUUUAUGAAGUUUUACCCCAUAUCUUAAAAAUAUCUUACGUCGAAUUUGAUCAAGCGACAGCAGAAGGUAGUCUACUUGAUGAUUCGCGUGGAGCAUUACUAAUACGUUUCUAUUUGCCGGGCUUGUGUCAUUUAACGGCUGAAGAAGAUGCUUGUAAAAUUAUGGCGGAUAAUGGUGGGAUUAGCUUUUUAACCAAAUACUUUUUGAGAAUGUAUUCAGAUUUUAGCAAGAAAAGAUUACAACGAAAUGACAAAUCAUGCGAUAUCGAGUUCUUUGAGACUACUCUUAAGCUGUUGUGUGGCAUUUUCUUGAAUAUUUCGUUGGUGUAUCCGACUGCAAUAAGGUCUUGCCCUGAAUGUUCAGGAAUGUUGACUACUAUGCUUGUAAAUAGUGAUGUGGACGUUGAUGCAGUGUCUACUACUGUAGCCAUUAACAUAACUGCUUUAAGUUUUGCUCUAAUUGAGUGCAAGGCUAAUGCAAAGGGUGGCAUAGAUAUGAUGCCAAAUGAUACUUUUAAAGCAUCUUUAGCGAAUAAAUUAAAUUUCAUCGGUUUGGCAACCCCUAAUGUUGUAUUAAACAGCAAUGAUAGACCAAGCAAUUGGGAAGAACAUGUAGAACUUUGGACUGUUGUAAACAGAGCAUUACUAGGAGUGCUUCGGUUGAAUGUAGACUAUUACAUGGAAAUUGUCAAUAAAUCUACUUUUUUGCAAUCGGUCUAUGACUGGACACAAGUCUUAUCAGGUCCUUAUAUACUAACUCGGGUGUUUCUAUUUUUAGUCAGUAACCACAUCUAUGAACAAAACAAUUACAUGAUUGAUUUACUACAAACUGUAGAAGAAUUAUUUAUUUGUUGCAUUCAAUGUCGUCAUGGAUUGAGAACAAUACAGAAAAUGAUUGAACCUAAAUCUUGGGCUACAAUGAUUAGGAAUCUCAACAUGGCCAGAUUGAAAGAUUACGUAGAUAUCACUCAUGUAAAUGUUGACUAA